UAAGCAAACAGUAGGAAACAUUUGAGAAAAAGAACAAACAUGUCUUCUUCGACCAAACCACCUGCAAUUCUGUCGACUUUGGCCUUGUUAUCCCUCUUCUUUUCCAUUGCUCAGUCCGCUAAUUGCAGCGAUGCCUUCUAUAGUAAGGCCAAGGAUAUAAACAUCACAAACUGCAAGGAAUUGACAACAUUAGGAGCUGAAUUCGGCUGGGACUACACCAAAGGCCUCAACGAGACGCGGGUUCACAUAAUCUUAGGUGCGAGGCUGCAGGAUGAAAUGGGAUGGCUGGCGUGGGGAGUCAACCCAGGAAAGAGGCCGCAGAUGGUUGGAACCAGGGCCGUCAUAGGCAUUAGGCAUCAAAAUGCAUCCUUGGUAAUCAAGACAUAUAACAUCACCAGAGACACCAAGCUCGGUUGCCAGCUCCUGCCUUCAGAUAAUAUCGACCUGGAGGUUUUAAAUGCGACAAUAGAAUACAUGCCAGAAAAAAGCUACCUGGUUAUACAUGCCACGCUGAUUCUUCCUGGGGAGAAGUACAACAUUACAAAUUUGAACCAUGUGUGGCAGGUUGGGAAUUAUGCUGAAGAUGUACGGCCGAAGAUGCAUCCCACGGCUCUGCAGAAUGUGGAUAGUACUGAGACUAUAGACUUGACAACUGGGCGUGCUCAUAAUAUUGGGCAUCACCGCCGUCACCUUAGGAUGGUGCAUGGGAUUCUGAACAUGGUGGGGUGGGGUGUUCUCUUGCCCGCUGGUGUGAUUAUCGCGAGGUACUGCAGGGCGUAUCCAAUUAAACUUGAUGGUCAUUGGUUUAGUCUUCAUGUCGGCUGCCAGAUUAGUGGAUAUGUUACUGGCACCACCGGCUGGGCCAUUGGUUUAUGGCUUGGACACGCUUCAACAUACUACACCUUUCACACCCACCGGCUUCUUGCUAUAUACAUAUUCACGUUUACCACAUUACAAAUGAUGGCGUUACGUUUUAGACUAAAGAAGACCGAUGAUUAUCGCAAGCACUGGAACAUGUACCAUCAUCUUCUUGGCUAUGGACUGCUCGCUGUGAUUUCUGUUAACAUAUUUCAAGGGAUUGCCAUUUUAGACCGGGACAAAACUUGGAAAUGGGCUUACAUUGGAGUUCUCGGAGCUUUGGCAGCCAUUACAUUGGCCUUCGAGAUUUACACUUGGGCAAAAUUCCUAACAGAAAAAUACUCAAAGAAGGACUCAGCACGUAAAGCAAAUCAACCAACCUGAGCAUUGUCCGAGCAUUUUGCUUCUUUCUUCUUCUUCUUCUUCUUCUUCUUUUUUUUUUUUUUUUUUUUUUUUUUUUUUGCGCUUUUGGUAUUUUUAGGUUCAAUUGAAUAAUUGUGUUUGCGGGUGUUUUUGAUGAAGUAAUUUAUUUAUUAAGUUAAAUUUUCACGAA